CUUUUGUGCUACGAUGUGCAGCAUGGAUGCAUUCGUUAUAGAGGAAUAUUUACUUAUGUUUUGACAUAAUAACAUUUCUUUGAAAUGCUAACUCUAUGCAGGCUACUAGUGAUGAUAUGUGUUGUUCUAUCGUCCCGACCUCCACAAAUUGAAAUCAGAUGGGUAUCGAUUAAUACACUUGAACUUUCGUGUAAGGCUACUGACAAUAAAACCGAGCUGAGAAGGAUUUAUCGCGUACAAAAUGGAAAUUUUAAGUUAAUAGUGUCUGUAAUAGAAAAUGGCACAACCUGUCAAGUAACACCUAUGCUUCCUACGGAAUCAGUGCAGUGCGAUUGCCACGAAACGUUUAAUUUAGUGUGCAAUGUCACAGGCGUACAUAAUGAAGGUGAACAUUGGCAGUGCGCCACAUUCCCAAAUAAAAUACCCGUGUAUAGCAAUAUAGCAACAAUACUCGCCUUCACCAAAAAAACGACUGCCCAGGAUCUUACAAGCGUGUCUUCACGUAUGACCAGUGUGGAUAACGCAGAAAAAGUAACUAAGAUGUCUACUGAAAUGCAGGUGAAUAUAGCAGCAACAACGAUAUCGAUGAUACAUAGCUAUUCGAUCAAUCAAACCAGCCCUAUCAAUACGGAAGAAGAAUCGUUUGUGACAAAGGCAUCUCAAAAUCUGAGCAAUGACACGACGUUCUAUCGAAGGUUUAUAAUAAUCAUCAGUGCCUCGGCAGUUGUUGUAGUCCUUAUUGCGGCCUCACUUUUAAUUUUUGUCUACAGGAAAUACGAUCAUCUCUCAGGUGCAUUGGAAGCUCCAGGUGCACCCGUUGUUGACACACCUAAUACCAGGCAAAGACCGAGUCCCCAGAUGCCGGAAAAUGUUACAGAAAACAGACAAUCAACAAUUGAAAUCUACGAAACCAUUCAGAUGACGAUGUUAUCACCAAUGGCUGACAGUUACCCUCUUCCCAUUGGCAUGAGCAUUCUAGAUAUUUUGGGAUCUGGCAGUGAUUCAAGCGUUGAAAGUAUUCAUCAUUACGACAUUGUCCCAGAUGCCCUGAAUGAACUGUCACCUAAUGGCGCCGAAGCGGUUGCAGACCCACAUCUAACAGCUCACGUUCUAUAUGAGAGCCUCAUCGGGACGAGAACAACACCAUAGCAAGCUAGAUGACAAGAGCAUGCAAAACUCAUAGCACAACUCGAACACCUCAAACGGAAUGGACGGAUCCACGUAUUUAAGCAAAUAUUAGCCUCGCUUUCAAAUGUUGACGCAAUUAUUAACGCAUAAUUUAGAACCGAGACCACAACCAACCAAAGUUAAAAGGUCAACAUAAUUCAACGCGAUUUUCUGAUUGCGCAUAAAACGAUAGCAUGAGACGAGCAGUUUUGUGGCAUAUUAUACAAUAUAUUCCAUUUAAAGUUCCCGCAGCGAUAUCUAUUCAUACGACACAUGAACACUAAAUUGGUACAUGAACAUGUGUUGAAUAUAGUGUACCACAAAAAGAGCAUUUUGUAUCUUGAUAAAUCUGUUACCAGACCACAUCUAGCAAUGACAAUUUGGCUAUUGCUAUAUGGAACACUGAUUUGUUAUGCAUUAAUUUUAUUUUAUGAAAUAUUUUAAGAAAUAUUCGUUGAUUUUGAGUUGAAAUUGGGCUUUAAACAUGACAUAAAUAAAUUAAUAUAUUGUACCCAUCAACCAGUCUUAGCUUAAGCAUGUUAUCAACAUAUGCAUGUGCUAAUGAUUACAUCUAAUGAAAAAAACUAGCCUUUUCCUACCAUCAUUGCAGUCUUUCCCAGAAAUAUCAUGUCAACGCUUUGGUUAGUUUACUUUAUCUUGAUAUUAUAACUUAUACGAUAUGUAGUUGGAUAAUUUAGACGUUAAAGGGCAAUGAAAUUGAAAUCUGAUCAUUAUCUGCUACUACUAUUUGAUUCAAAUUUUGAUUGAAGUCAAUGUGUAUGUGCACCUUCUUGUAAAUAACUGUGGGCGAAGAACGUUGCUUGAAGAUCCAUAUAGCAAGUUUAAACCCAGAUGUUCGACAUGACUGGUUUCAAGCCGGCGAUAUCCAUUUUAUUUAUUGGCGUUCGUAGUUGUAUUUCGGUGUGUAUUGAGCUUAAGGAGUGUUAUGUGGCGUUUUAGACUAUUUGUCAAUCGGUCUCUGGUCACAUAUUAAGGCCAUCGUGCUUUUAUUGGAUCUCGUGCCCGAAGAUGCAGCUUACGUAUUGUGUUUUGGUGCUUGUUUGUAAUUCAACUAUACUACACUUUGACUAACGACUGAUUGUAUUAAAGUGUAUGACUCAGAAACACAUUUAAUGGCGGGGAUUGUUCGAUUAUUGUUAAUUGUAACGUGAUGUCUGACUUCGUUCACGACUCAAUUACCGCAAAUCAAUUGUUCGAUGAAAGUAAAGCAAUUAACUUCCAGUGACAAUAAUUGAGGCCAUACUUAGAAUCGAUAAUGUUAUAGAUUCACAGUUCUUUCUAAAUACUAUCCAUGACCGCAAUGAGUUUUAUUAUGUUCCCUGAUGUUGUGUGUACAUGUUUACAGUUCAUCGUGUAAUCAUAGUAUGUUACAAUUAAUAAAUAUCGCGUGUUUAAUAAUUAAUUAUCAAUAUAUAGAGGAUAACAGGUUACUGCCUCAUCGUUUUAUAAUAUAUCAGACGGGCUUAUAAUAAAAUAACGGCGCAGUAAUCCGUUUUCGGUUUAUCAUACGUCUACGUCCCCAUUGAAAAAAAUGUAAACAUCGAUAAGACGUUGCAUUUGUAGCGAGAAUCAGUAUGACUUUUGUCGUUUGACGUGUUCAUAAUGACGUCAUAAGCACGAUCGCUUUAUGUUUGUUAAUCCUGUGUUUUGCUGUUUUUUGUGUCUAAAAUAUCUAACAUAGUGGC